GGACAAAGUGAAUUGGGUCUUUGCUGAAAUGCUGAAUGCGGCCGGACUGGGGACGAGGAUCUUUGCAGAGACGGGCUCUCGGAGUCGCCCUGCUCUUCCACCGCUUUCGCCGCGACCGAGCAACUGUAUGCCACUUGCCUUUCUUCCUUUUGCAUUGUUCAAUUUCCCAAACCGAAGCUCCGAAUAUCCUCAAGUCCAUCCCCUUACUUCCCUCCAACCCUUUUCUGAAAUUCUUUUUCUCAUCCACAAAUCGCAGCGUCAUCACCGCGAAACAUCGGUUUCUCACCUCGCAGUGCUCCGUUCUUCCCGUUGACCCCGCCAGGCACCUACUUUAGGUACCUUAGCUUCUGCAUAGUAGCGCCUUAGCUCCUGUCUUUCGGCACCUCAUGCGCCACAGCCAAGCGACACUGCGCAGAAGCUGACUGACACAGCCACGCCUACGUCGUCACCAGCGACAAUCAGGUUGCGAGAGCCCACACCUCAUAAGGUUGGACGUCGAAUACCCUCAACUUUCAAGCAGCGACGACCCUCGUCAAAACUUUCAGCCUACGAUACCACCUUCUCGACCCUUUAUUGGCACGAACUUUUUCGAAUACCUAAUCCGAUACAUCACCACCACAAAAUCACCCCGCCAUGAGCUUCCGGGGCUUCCAGAAAAGCGUCAUUCGGGCGCCCCAGCAAUUCAAGUCGCGCUUCAAUAUCGGCGAGCACACAAAGGAUGCCGUCUACAUCGAUUCCGAGCGCAGAUUUCAAGAGCUGGAAACCGAAACGAAGCGAUUGCACGAUGAGUCCAAGAAAUACUUCGACGCCAUCAACGGCAUGCUCAGCCAUCAGAUCGAAUUCAGCAAGGCCAUGACCGAAAUCUACAAACCCAUUUCCGGUCGCAUGUCGGAUCCCGACAGUUUGGAGGUUCGCGGCAACCCCGAGGGUAUCCGUGCCUGCGAAGAGUACGAGGCCGUCGUCAAGGAUUUGCAGGAGACUCUUGCGCCAGAGUUGGAGAUGAUAGAAAGUAGGGUUAUUCGCCCAGCCAACGAACUCCUCGAUGUCGUCAAGGUCAUUCGCAAGUCAGCAGCGAAGCGCGAACAUAAGAAGCUCGAUUACGACCGACACAGGCAAACCCUGAAGAAGCUGCAAGACAAGAAGGACCGGAAUGCCAAGGAUGAAAAGGCUCUGUGGAAAGCGGAGAACGACGUGGAGCAGGCGACUCAGGAGUUCAACUACUUCAACGAUCUUCUCAAGGAGGAACUGCCACGCCUGUUUGCGCUCGAGCAACAAUUCAUCCAGCCCCUCUUCCAGUCCUUCUACUACAUGCAACUCAACAUCUUCUACACGUUGCACGAGAAGAUGCAACACUGCGACAUUGGCUACUUCGACCUAACGCUCGACGUACUUGAGGCAUUCCACAAGAAGCGAGGUGAUAUUCAAGAGCAGGCGGAGAAGCUAUCCAUUGUGAAGUUCAAGACGACUGGUCAGAGACGUCCGGUAAAAUACGGCGGCCGUCCCGCAAUCGAGGGCAAGCCUCAACACCUGCUUACUGCUGGACCUUCUUCCUCUUCAGCUGCCUCAACAACCUCAGCAGCGCCCACAAAGUACGGUGGCUACACCAAGCAAGGAGAAGCUGCUGACGCGAACCCGCCGCCUCCAUACUCUCCGCCGCCCACGAACGGAACUUCUGGUGGAGGACUCGCCGCUAUUGCCGCAGCAAAGUCAAAGCCUCCUCCUCCCAAGCCCAAACCCAGCCGACUCAGCGGAGCGCCCGCGGCGGAGCAUGUCACCGCCUUGUACGACUACGCUGCACAAGCUGAGGGCGACCUGAGCUUCAGGACGGGCGAUGUUAUCGAGAUCAUCAGCAGAACAAAGAACGAGAAUGAAUGGUGGCAAGGUAGAUUGAACGGAAAGACUGGGCAAUUCCCAGGGAAUUACGUGAAACUGAAUUGAGCGGGAGCGUCUGAUUAAUAAAGACUCUCAUCCCACCAAUAACGAUCAACACCCGUGAUCUUCACUCGAAUACACUGUGCCGCAGAGGCACAUUAAUGAACAACUGCUAGGGCAUCGAAAGGGAAGCGCGAAACACUUGCAUUUGGGAUCUUCGGCGUACGCAGAAGGGACUGCCCCAUCAUUUCGAGUCAGAAAACACUUGGGAGAGGAGCGAAGGCAAAUGGAGAGACAUUGAGGGAAACUUGGAUGUAGGGGAAGGGAGGAGGGGUGGGAGAAAGGCCGAGGAGAGACGUCGCUUUGCUUUUACCCUGGGAGAAGUGUCCAUGUGACACACGAGUCUGUUGGUCGCCUCACUUUUAUUUCUCCAGGUUUUCGGUGUAGAGAGACCGGCAUCGGAGGCCAUGGCAUAGCAAAGGAGGACCUUCUGAUCCCAUACCUACUACGCCUUUUUCUAACGAUUCUGCAAUUGUUGUGUUGUCACAAAUCACAAGGACUUUCGUGAUUCUGCGAGCAACAUCGGCGUGCUGUAAGUAUUGCGUGACUCCACAUGAGAGAGCUGCCCAUUUGCUUUUUACUGGUUUGUAUGGUUCCAAAUGUCUCGUAUCAGAUGUGCGGGAAGGCUGGGGGGAUCCGACAAAUGAGGCUCACUCUCCUCUUGGUAUUUCACCCCC